AUGAAUCUGGACGGAACUGUAGGCAACAUGGAAGAUGAGAAUAACUUCCAUUUUCCCAUUCUGAUGUCCGUCCAACCUUUAAUUUCCUUUUCAAUUGAUCAUGAAGAAUUUCUUGCAAAAGUUCCAUCUGUUGUAACAUCAAAUAAAGUUGAAAAGAUAAAUGUCAGGGUAUAUACAAGAAGCUGCAUGCGAUUUAAGUGGCUGAACCAUGGAGCUGAUAUGAGCAAUGUAAGAGGUGCGAACAGAGAGGUGCUAAUCAAUCGAUUGACGAUUAGAAAUUUUCUGUUAAAAUGGGCAUUCUUUGGUGGUAAAGACAUAUCUGCAACUCCAGCCGUAGCCAACGGAGUAUAUUUCCCAUCUUGGAGUGGAUAUUUGUAUGCAAUUAAUGCAUUCAAUGGUGUUUUAAUGUGGAAGCAGAACCUGAGUCAGCUAACUGGACUAAAUGGCAUUGGAAUCGGAGUGAAAGUAACCCUGUCGAGAUCAACUCCAACAAUAGCCAAUGAUCUCUUGUUCAUUGGAAUUUACGGGCCUGCUGUAGUAACUGUUGUCACACGGUUCAGUGGAAGACUUGUGUGGUCUGCUCAACUAGAUCCACGCCCUCGAGUACAGAUUACGCAACCCGGAACAUUUUACAUGGGGUUAAAUAGUCAAUACACAGAUUAUGCUCGGCCAUCCUAUUUAUCGGAGCGAAAGGAUUUUCCAGAGUUCAUACUCGUUUGCGGUUCGCCCGUUGAAUGUGGAUAUAGACAUUCCGGUUCAGAUGUGGGGGAUUUUGCACCGGACAAAAAGACCAGCAGCUUUGGGUGUAGACAUCUUGGACUAUGGCUAGAAAAGAAAGAAGAUGGAUGGUAG